CCUUUUUAAUUUAAGAUCUUUGACCCAAGUUUCUACAAUAUUGCAGGACAAAUGAUUGUGCAAAUGCCUGAUGUUAUAGAGCAUAAUUCACUUGAAGCUCCUACUCCUGAAGUGUCUCGGUUGGACAUAAUCAAAGCCGUUGUGUAUGGUGGCCUUGUUCAAUCCAUAACUAGCUUAUGUGUCGUAGUUUCUGCAGCGGGUGGAGAUGCUUCCACAUUGAAUAUAGUAGCUUUGGCGCUGGCAAACGUUUUUGGAGGACUUAUUGUUCUAUCUCAUAAUCUUAGAGCUCUGAAACAGGAGCAGAACACGGAGCAUUAUGAACAACAGCUUGGGAGACCAGGGCACUUUCUGCUCCAUGCAACAACUGCCAUCAUGUCUUAUCUUGUGUUUGGCCUAAUGACUCCAAUCAUUUACGGGUUUUCUUUCUACAAAAGCGAUAACAAGUACCUCAAGCUCGCAGCACUUGCAGGUGUUUCUUUCGUCUGCAUCACACUGCUGUCCACAGGAAAGGCGUUUGUCCAAAGGCCUCCAAAGGCAUAUAUGAAGACCGUUUUGUCCUACAUCGGUCUUGGCAUCAUGGUUGCUGGACCUGGAUAUAUAGCAGGUGAUCUAGCAAACAUGCUUCUUAAGAAGUUUGAAGUGUUUGAUUCAUCGUCUUCUGGUAGUAUGUCUGUGAUUGAAGCAAAAGUAGUUAAUGGAGCAUGGUCAUCUUAUUGACUAGCAUUGGCAUUCAUUUCUAGGUGUUGUGCCUUGUCAAGUAUACAAUUGUCGCUGAUAUAUUUUGUAGCUCGCAACAAUCAAUAAUGACAUUUCUGCCUCUUAAUUGUUUAUUAUACUGUUACAAAAUGAAUG